CUAAAACCUUUUAAAAAAUCUCGAAUUCCUCACACAAUUUGUUAGAUGGAAUGGAAAAUUUUUUUUUUCGUCCAGAAAUAGCAAUCCAAACAUUUAUUUCUCCUCCGAAUAUUAAUCUUUUCAUAUAACCAUGAUUCCUUUUAUUCGAUAUGGAUAAAAUGCGCCCGGACUAACCCGGAAAAGACUGCUUCUCGAUAAAAUACAAACAUCUAUGCUAGCCAAACGCUGUCUUCAAACUUGCAGAAAAUAUUUUGCAAAAGUUAGUACGGAAAAAUGAAGAAAAUGGACAAAAACAAUAACACUAAUGACUGUGUCAGUAUUUUAGAAGAACUAAACGCCGAAUUCGCGCACUUGUAUACGCCUGUGAUGUUAUAUCUCUUAAUUUCUCUGAUAUUUGGAUUAAUAGGAAACAGCGUUUUAGCAUAUAUACACUUUUGGAAAUUUGAUGAGACAGCCAGAAAAGUGUUCAUUAUAGGACUAUUUGUGUGCGAUUUUCUAACUUGCUUAAUAUGUAUACCGAUGGAAGUUUUCAUUCUAUGUUUCUCUUUCACUUUUUACAGUAGUUUUGUAUGCCGCUUAAUGCGGUUUUUGGUUGCCAUAGCAAUGUUUAAUUCAUCUAUAAUUCUAUUUUUUAUAGGAAUCGAACAAUACAUUACCAUGUGUCAACCCUUUAAAAAUAACAAUAUUUCUUUUGCGACUUCAAAAAUAAUUCUAGCUUCUUCCACAAUCUCUUCCGCUCUAUUUAAUAUACCAGUACUUAAAGUGUACAAUACACAGAAUAGACUGGUUAAACAAUGUGGAAAUAUUGGAAAAGUAUGUUCAUUUCCUGACAGUUCAGACGACGCAAUAUUUCCUUUUGUCUAUUAUUGUGUAGUGUUGAGCGGUUACAUUUAUUUGUUUGUUGUUCUCAUGAUAUUCUACUUAUUAAUUGAACAACGAAUUAGGAAAAUUCAGCGUGUAGCGAGAAGUAAACGCCGUUCAAGCGUGUCUUUCGGAGUUCCAACGAAGAUUUCAUCUGAUAACAAUAAAAAAAGAAGCGAUGAUCCAGAAACAAAACUUCCUGUUUCGAUUCUUAAGCAACAUUCAGUACAGUUAUCUAAGAUCAAUAUAAGUUUGUUUCCGACCACAUUGCUCUGGGCUAUAUGUUAUCUAUUACAUUUCACUGCAAUAUUUUGGAGAAUGUCUGAACAUAAUUUCAAUGACAUCGAAAGUAAUGAAAAACAAGUUCUUUACAAACUUUUGAUGUAUUCUUUUUACUUCAAAUGCGCAGUGAACCCAUAUCUUUAUGGAACUUUCAAUCGGCAGUUUUAUAGUGAAUUACUGCACUUAUUUCAAAGAAUAUUACAAGUACAUAAGAAAUAAAAUAUCUAAAAUGUCGAAAAACGUCAUCAA